AUGGCCACCCUCGAACCUCCCAACCCUCCUCCAGCAGGACCGAGCCUUCGCAGUGACAGUGCUGCCCCCAGCUCCCGUCGCCAGGAGACCGACGACUCCGACAAAGCCGGACGAGUAUGGGCAAGGCAAGCGGAGGCAGACGCCUGGUCGCCCUGUAUCUUGACGCUCGAUGGUGGUGGCAUACGCGGCUAUUCCAGCCUGUUAAUCUUGAAAGAGCUCAUGCAUCAGAUAUGGCUGUGGGAGAAUGUGCUGGAGGAUGAAGAGCGAGCUGCACAUGUGGAGAGUGGACAGGCUGGCAUAUCGGAGGAACCGAAAGAAAUGGACCAGGCUGUGGGUGGUCAUGAUCUUGCCCCGGUCUUCUCACUUUCGAAUCACGACUCAUCCGUCAGCCCCGUCCAUAAUCAAGACGAUCACGACUCCGACGUCAGUCACAGGAACCGGGAAUCAUCACCCACAAACCUCUCAUCCAGGAAGAGUAUCAAAGAGGAAGAUUUGCUGCCAUGUCACUACUUUGACUUCAUGUACGGGACAUCAACAGGAGGACUGAUUGCCACCAUUCUAGGCCGGCUUCGAAUGACGGUCGAUGAAGGACUCGAGCUCUACCGGAAAGUCGGCGAUGAUCUAUUUGGCAGACGGCGGAGCAGCAUCCCCUUGCGCACCAAAUACUAUCACCAACCGCUGGAGCGUGCAGUGCGCGAAAUCGUAAGCAAGCGAUGCCUGGACCAUCCGAACUGCGACGGAAACGAUCUCCACCCCUGGGACGCCGACAAACUCGACGACAUCCUCAAACAAGACAUCCCCUUUGACGUCGACAAGCCCCGCGUCUGCCAGUCCUGCUGCCUGACCGCCACCCACGAUAAAAGCAUUUCCGAAGCCUACCUCCUCCGCUCCUACCCGCACUACUACUCCCCCGACGGACCCAACUGGACGACUCCCUACAACCAAGGCGCCCUCAAACUGCCCAUCUGGCAAUGUACGCGCGCCACCACCGCCGCCCCCUUCUACUUCGCCAUGGUGAAAGCGCACGUCGACGGCGAAUUCAAAGCCUUCAAAGACGGCGGCAUCCGCGAGAACAACCCGAGCGGCGCUGCGCUCAGCGAAUUCCACUCCCUCUACUACCGUCGCAACGAUACCCCAGCCCUCAUGCUCAGCAUCGGCACUGGACGCCCAGAUCAAAGCAAGGACGGCUUCGCAGGCGCCUGGGGUCCUGCUGGCCAUCUGCCGUUCGUCAGCAAAUUUCUCGAAAAGCGCGCCGUCAUCCGCAAUUUGCUCAUCAAAUACACCGAGGGCGAGAAGCAGCACUACCAGAUGCGCGAGUACGCGCACGGAGAACAUCACUGGUAUAAGAGGCUUAAUGUGUCGGACGGGCUGCAAAACAUGCCCUUGGACUCCUGGGAGCGCGGCGAGUGGCAGGGCCAGGCGAACGUGCCAGGCGGAGCCACACUGACGAAAAUGGAGGAUGCGACGGCCGCAUAUUUGGAGCGGGAGUACGAUCCGAUGGUUGAUACGUAUGCGCCGCCGAGUACCAUGUUGCGACAGACGGCGGAGAAGCUGGCGAGGCAGCGGCGAGCACGGGAGAAGGAGGGAGGGAUUAGAUGGGAGGCGUUUCUGGGCAAGCAUUUAUCGAGGCGGGUGGACGUGUUGGCGAAUGAUGAAGAUGUUGGGUGA